AUGGUGGCCGCGAUCCAAGCGGAAUGGGCGCUGCAGCCGCUCCCCGGCGAUUCACAUCUAGGAUUGCGCGAGGAGGUAGGCGCGAUGGAGCGCCAGGAUUUCGUGGACUCGGCGGCGUACGCAGCGCUGCUCCGGCGUUGCGCGCUGGCCAGGGACGCGGAGCAGGGGCGGCGAGUCCACGCCCACAUCGUCAAGAGCGACCAGGGCAACUCGAUGAGAUUCGUGGGAAGAACCGGCCACGAGAAGCUCCGAUUCCUCAAGAACCUGGCAGUGGAAAUGUAUGGCAAAUGCGGGCUUGUGGAAGAGGCCAAGGAAGUGUUUGAUGGGAUCAAGCGCUGGAACGAGUACUCGUGGACGAUGAUCCUCUCGGCGUAUGCCCACAAUGGGCAUUUUCACGCGGCGCUUGGAUUGUUCUGGAGGAUGCUGCUGGAGGGGAUUCGCGUCGAUAGCUUCACUCUCAGCAUCGCUAUCACUGUUUGCUCGGAUCUCGGCGAUCUCUCCUCCGGCCAGAGCGUCCGAGCCGUGGCAGUAGAGAGUGGACUCCACUCCGACUUGGUGGUGGCCACCGCGCUCGUCAAUCUCUACGGCAAGUGUGGAGCUGUGCGAGCUGCCAGGGAGAUUUUCGACUCGAUCGAGCUCGAGGUAAGAGACUCGCAUUGCUGGAACUCGAUGCUAGGAGCGUACGCGCAGCAUGGUUUUACUCGAGAAGCCAUGAGACUCCACCACGAGAUGGACUUUCAAGGUAUGAGAUCUAAAGAGGCUACGCUUGUGACUCUUCUAAGUUCUUGCUCGACUGUCCAGCAGGGGGAGAGGACCUACAGCCGGAUCAGAGCUUGCGGUUUCGACUCGGGUCUGAUCGUCCAGACUGCCGUGCUGACGAUGUAUGGGAGGUUUGGAAAGCUCGAGCAGGCCAAGGAGGUGUUUGAUGCGAUGCCGGAGAGAACGGUGGUGGCUUGGAGCGCUCUCAUCGCGGCCUGCGCUCAAAAUGGUUGUGAGCGAAACGCGUUCCGGAUCUUUCGGCUCAUGGAGCUGGAAGGAGUGAGGCCGGAUCACGUCACCUUCGUCAGCAUGCUCGCGGCGUGUGGAAGUUUGGAAGAGGCCAAGACGAUCCACGAGAGAAUCGCCGCUGCCGGAUACGAGAGCUUCGUCAUGCUGGGAAACUCCCUCGUCAGCUUGUAUGGGAAGUGUGGCAGCAUCCAAGACGCCAGGGACGCCUUCGACAGGAUCACUGCCAGGAACAUCGUGACUUGGAACUCCAUGAUCGCGACGUACGCUCAGCAGGGACGCGGGCGAGAAGUUUUGGAGCUCUACGAGCGGAUCAUGGACGAAAAGCUUGUGAAGCCAAACGUGAUCACGGUGGUGAGCAUCCUAGACGCUUGCGCGGACAUGGCCGCGCUGGAGAGAGGCAGCGAGAUCCAUGCAACUCACUCGAGUCUGUCCCAGGAGAUCGAGUCGGACAUCGUCGUGAAAACCUCGCUCGUCAACCUCUACGGGAAGUGUGGCCGAGUGGCAUCGGCUCGAGCAGUGUUUGACAAGAUCUUUGCUCGAGACGUGGUGGCCUGGAACACGAUGAUCGCAGCUUACGCCCAACACGGACACGACACACAGGCCAUGGAGCUCUACUGGGACCUGACCUUGGAAGGCGUCACUCCAAACGACAGUAGCUUCGUCAGCAUCCUUUUCUCGAUCAGUCAUGGCGGUCGAAGAAGCCGGGAUGCUGUCUCGCAGCUCUCGUCCAUCCGUGAAGACUACACGAACUUCACUCCAAAGGUGGAGCACUACUCGUGCCUGGUGGACACGUUGGCUCGAGCAGGAUCGCUGAGGGAGGCCGAGGAGCUCUUCUUUGCGAUGCCGUGCCUUCCAACCGAGGCCGUGUGCUUCUCGCUGCUCAACGCUUGCAAGGUUCACGGUGACUUCGAUCGGGCAGCCCGUGUUGCGGAGCGUUCGUUCCAGCUCCACGGCCUAGUGGGAAACUCCCAGGCACUGGUGAUGCUGUCGAGCAUUUUCUCGUCUGCUGGGAGGGACAAACUCGAGGAUGGUUUUGUUGGAGCCGUUCCGUCCAAGGAGUUGGAGAGUUUCAUCGAGAUUGACAAGGUGGUACAUGAAUUCUCUGCUGGUGAUGGAUCGUCUCAUCCCAGGGCUGAAGAGAUCCGGCGAGAGCUUGCUAGAUGUGUGCUGGAUGAACAGGAUUCCCGUCGCCACCACAGCGAGAUGCUGGCAGUCGGUCUUGGAUUGAUCUCCACGCCACACGGUAGGGAGCUGCAAGUGGUUAAAAAAUCUCGAGCUUGCUGGGAUUGUCAUGCAGCUCUUAAGAUCAUCUCCGAGAGAACGAGGAGGAGGAUUGUGUUGCGAGACGAGAGCAAGUUUCACCACUUUGAGAUAAGUGGUGGCUGUUCCUGUAAGGACUGCUGGUAA